GACGGUGAGUGACAGUUGAAAAAUCUCAUCUAACUCGGCCAACCCCCUCGACCUUUUCACGUUAUUAUAUUACUAUCACUAUUAUCAUUCCGAUGUUCCAUAUUUUUUUCUCAAUCGAGAGAUGGUGAAGUUGACGAAGAGGAUAGGGAGCGUGGUGCUGAGGCUGGCAGCCUUGUGCGCAUCUCUAGGAGCCGUGGUGACGAUGGUCACCAGCCACCAGCGAGCCUCUUUCUUCGCCGUCUCCCUCGAGGCUAAGUACACCGACAUGCCCUCCUUCAAGUACUUCGUGAUCGCAAACGCAGUUGUGAGCGUUUACAGCUUCAUGGUGUUGUUUCUUCCAAAGGAGAGUUUGCUGUGGAAGUUCGCGGUGGUAAUGGACCUGGUGAGCUCGAUGCUGCUGACGUCAAGCCUGUCGGCCGCGUUGGCGGUUGCGGAGGUUGGGAAGAGAGGAAACGCAAACGCAGGUUGGUUGCCUAUCUGCGGCCAAGUCGCCAAAUUCUGCGGUCAGAUAACCGGAGCUCUCGUCGCGGGUUUCGUCGCUCUCAUCCUCUACCUCCUCUUGCUCAUCUUCUCUCUCCACUCCGUCCUCGACCCUUUCCUCCUCCAAAAACCUUAAAGAAAACACUCCCAUCUUAGUAUAUAUAUAUAUGUCUGUGUGUGUACAUCACUCUUACAUAUAUGUAGUUUUGAUUUUGAUUUUCCUUUUUAUGAUUAUUACAAGGAAUAAAAUAUUUA